AUGGAAAAGCUGCAGCGAGGGAGGCUGACACUGAUCUAUCAUAAAGCCCAAAGAGGCUGUGGGAGACCAUACAUCAGACUGAGCCAUGGGGAGGGGUCUUUAGACAAGGGAGACAGGAUACCACGGUCAGCAGAGGACCCAAUGGUGGCGUCAUCAGACUAUGACAGCACCCACGAAGCCAACCACAGUGACAGCAGUGAUGUAGCACACACAGAGGAGGAUGCAGAAGAAGGAAAGAACCCUGCGCAAAACGUCAUCCUCCUCCCACUAAUACCUCCAGAGGACAAACCAAUUCUGGCUCCAGAACCAUUAGUAAUGGAGGACUUGGAGCCAUUGAUGAGUCAGCUAAAUAAUUGGAACUUCCCCAUCUUCACUUUGAUGGAGAAGACCAACGGGAAAUGUGGACGGAUCCUCAGUCAGGUCUCGUACAGGCUCUUCGAAGACACCGGCCUGUUUGCAACCUUCAAGAUCCCAGUAAAAGAAUUCAUGAACUACUUCCAUGCCCUUGAGAAUGGUUACAGAGACAUACCAUAUCACAACAGAAUCCACGCCACAGAUGUGCUUCAUGCAGUCUGGUACCUCACGACGCAGCCUGUCCCCGGCCUGCCGAGCCUCAUCACUGACCAUGGAUCAGCCAGUGACUCAGACUCCGACAGUGGAAUAACACACAGUCAUAUGGGCUUCCUGGUUUCAAAGACCUACACUGUGUCAGAAGAUGGUUACGGAUGCCUGUCCGGCCUCAUACCAGCUCUGGAGCUCAUGGCCCUUUACGUGGCUGCCGCAAUGCACGACUACGACCACCCUGGGCGGACCAACGCUUUCCUUGUGGCCACCAGCGCCCCACAGGCAGUGCUCUACAAUGAUCGAUCGGUUCUGGAAAACCACCACGCAGCCUCAGCCUGGAACCUCUUUAUGUCGCGGCCAGAGUUCAACUUCCUCGUCAACCUGGACCAUGGGGAGUUCAAGCGUUUCCGUUUCCUGGUCAUUGAGGCCAUAUUGGCCACUGAUCUAAAGAAACAUUUCGACUUCCUAGCUGAGUUCAAUGCCAAGGUGGGUGAUGAUCCCUCCACGGGUAUUGACUGGUCUAAUGAGAAUGACAGGCUGCUGGUGUGCCAGAUGUGCAUCAAACUGGCCGACAUCAACGGGCCUCUGAAGUGCAAGGAGCUGCAUCUGCAGUGGACGGAGGGCAUCGUCAACGAAUUCUACGAACAGGGCGACGAGGAGUCCAGCCAGGGACUUCCCAUCAGCCCCUUCAUGGACCGAGCGGCACCACAGUUGGCCAAACUCCAGGAGUCGUUCAUCACACACAUUGUGGGGCCGCUUUGCAACUCCUAUGACUCAGCUUUUCUCAUUCCUGGACGAUGGGUGGAUCCCAACCCAGAGGGAGAGGAGCCGGAGAUAACGGAGAAUGAGGAGGAGGAGGAGGAAGAGGAAGAUGAAGAUACUGCAGAGGAAGACGCAUCGACCAGCUCAGAGGCAUCACAGAAAGCUAUUUCCAAGAAGAGAAGGAAAGUGUUCUGCCAGAUCACCCACCACCUGAUGGAGAACCACGAGAUGUGGAAGAAGGUGAUUGCAGAGGAGGCCCCGAAACAGGGCCAGGGAGCAGAAACCGUCCAUUUAAACAAUGUAGCUGAGCCAAUCCUGGCUAUUCACGAGGAGGAAGAGGAGCCAGGCAGCAGAGAGGAGUUACUGGAAGGAGAGGAUCCAGAGGAGGGAGUGGAGGAACCAGAGUGGCCCGUGACUGCUCAGGAAGACUGUAAACCUGCAGAGGAACAAGCGGAGGAGGACCCACAGUGAAACAGCUCAUGGGAAAUAUGGCGUCAGUCAGGGCAAGGAUGUGAAAAAGUAUUUCUUGUUUUCCAAUCCUAUCAACUGACUCCUAUCUUUGCCAGCACAUCACUUAGACACAACACUGUAGAUGUUUGGGAAAUGUGUGCCUAUACAUAACAAAAAACAGGGUGGGAAAUAUGUGCUUUACACAUUGUAUCUGAAUAUCUGGGUUCACCAAACAUUUAAAGGAGCUUUCCAUAUUGCAAUACAGGAUGAUUUGUGUACUUUGGGAUACAGACUCUUUUGAUACUGUCAAGAGAAGAGGAAGACUGCUUGCACAGACCUCAACCCAAUGUGGUAACACGGGACUGCAGACAUUCGCUGCCAAUUUAUACAUAAUUAUUUUCUGAAUGCAAUUAUAUAUAGACAUCACAGUUACUUGUACUUGUGUUCCAAUUUUAGCAAGAGUUUUUGAGGUCAGACAUGGGCCAUAUUAUGUUUUCUUUUUCUAUAUAUGGAUUAUAAAGGGAGUCAAUCGAUUAAAGAACAUUGGCAUCUUUUUUUCUUCUUCUGCCAAAAAAAUCACUCACCCUUAGGCUUAAGCAUAUGAAAUCUAUUCUUUUUUUUUUUUUUUUACAUUUGUUGCCAAAUUACUGUAAGUCCUUUAUACCAAUAGGUAUAGUCAUAUUACAAGAUACAAAGAGGCUCCUCACACUCUGUAUUUGUAUGCGUGUGUGUGUCUGCAUGUUUAUAUAAGUUCUUCUCCAGAGGAUAUAGAUAUAUUUAUCCGAUUUAUUUGUGCCAUCUCUGGUCUCCAGCCUCGAGAUAGAUAUAGAGGUCUUUACAGGGUUAACUGUCCUAAUUGUUGUAUUCCCAAGGCCUGCACUAAGACUGCAUUAGAGGGUUGCUGGAAAUGAAUUUGUGCUCAAUACUAGACCAAAAA